AUGUGUGAAGUACAGUUUUCUCCCUGCCUCCAAAUGUUUCUACUGGUUAUUUGUUAUCUUUUAUUAUUAUCUCAUAAGGAGAUAUUUGGAUUUUUGUCAGUUUGCCACCUCUGUACUAGAAGGCAACCUGUAACAGGCUUUUCAUAUUUUCCUGAAAGUAGUUUUCUCUAUCUGAUUGGAAAUAAUAAUAUUUCAUAAAAUGAAAGUUCAUUAACAAGGCUUAAUUCUCUUGUAGCUGUGCAUUUGAAUAAUUCUAAUAUUGUACAUAUCCAAGCUUUUGUUAAAUUGUGAUAUCUAUGUUUUCUGCGUAACAAUUUUAUAAAACACUUAAAUCCUGUAAUAUUUAAGGGACUUUCAAAUCUUCCCAAUGUAUAUUUACAGCCUAGUUCAAGUAUCUUUUGGUUCAAGAGGAGUAUUUUUAAUUGUAUUAAUCAGUAUUUAAACUUAGAAAAGAAACACAUCACUGUUCUUUGGACUGAUACCUCUUUUGGAUUUAUUGCUCUUAUGAUACUUGAUUUAUCAAGCAAUAAAGUUUUGAAGAUCUCAGGCUUUCUUUACUUUGGAAACCUUGAGUAUAACUUUAUAGAUAUAAGCCCUAGUUGUAUCCACAAAGUAAUAAUUUAACAAAAUAUACCAGCAAAUAUAUGACAUAUAUCCUAUUAUGCAAUAUAAUUCUUUGCUCUAAAAGGACUAUGUUUUUCUGCUGUUGAAAAUUUUAAGAUCAAUACUAUUAGGUAGUCUUAAAACAGAUAAAAUGUUAGUAGGGAUGUGUUUAGUGGAGUCGAUAGCAUUCAACAUUUUAUCUUAACUCAUAUGACCUAAAAUUUAAAUUCUGACACAUAAUUAAAUAAUUUACUUUAACUUAGAAAUAGAAUAAUCAGCAUUGAUAAUGAUAAAUUUGAAGACAAAGGAGCAUCUCUGAAGGUUCUUAAUCUGUCAUUUAAUAAUCUUACAGACUUACAUCCAAAGGUCCUUAAGCCACUGUCUUCAUUGACUCAUCUCCAUGCAAAUUCUAAUCCUUGGGAAAGUAACUGCAAACUAUUGAGCCUUCAAGACUGGUUAGCAUCUUCAGCCAUUAUUCUAAACAUCAAAAAUCCCCUAUCCAUGCAUGGCAAAGCAUUAUGUUAUGUUAAGUGGACUGACUUUACAAAUUGCAUUACAUCUUCGACAAAUGUAUCCAGAACUUGGGCUGUAAAAUCUCUUCAUAUUCAUCACAAGACCACUGCAUUAAUGAUGGCCUGGCCUAAAGUAAUCACAAAUGGGAAACACUUGGAAAAUACUGAAACUGAGAGUGUUACCUUCUGGGAACGAAUUCGUACUUCACCUACCAGUAGAUUUUUUCAAGAGAAUACUUUUGGUAAAUCAUUAGAGACUCCUGCAGUAUUGCCUGUGCAAAUACAACUUACUUCUUCUGUUAACUUGAACUUGGAAAAAAACAGUGCCUUACCUGUUGAUGCUGCUGCAGUGUCAGGGAAAACAUCUCUAAUUUGUUCCCAAGAAGUUGAGAAGUUAAACGAAGCUUUUGACAUUUUGCUAGCCUUUUUCAUUUUAGCUUGUGUUUUAAUCAUUUUUCUGAUCUAUAAAGUUGUUCAGUUUAAACAAAAACUAAAGGCACCAGAAAACUCAGGGGAAAAUAGAUUGGAAUAUUACAGCUCUUAUCAGUCAGCAAGGUAUCAUGUGACUGCCUCCAUUUGUAACACCUCCCCUAAUUCUCUAGAAAGCCCUGGUUUGGAGCAGAUUCAACUUCAUAAACAAAUUGUUCCUGAAAGUGAGGCACAAGUCAUUCUCUUUGAACAUUCUGCUUUAUGAAUAAAUAUUGGCUCCAACAAAACUAUAGAACCAUAUGAACACAAAACAGAAUCAUUCUUAUAGAAUUAUGUUUGAAAAUAGAAUUAUAUGAGCAUAGCAUUAUUAAAAUGUUUUAAUAAUUUGUGAAGUGUAA